ACCUAGGAUAUAGGCCUCAAAUGAACCUGCAUUGAUGGUGGAUUCCCUUGAAAUGACAGUAGAACCCAGUGACUCUCAAAGUUCUAACACUAUAGAUUUUCAUCAUUUUGUCAACUAUUUACAAAAAUCUAUAUGUGUCUUACAUCCAGAAGAAGAAGAAGUUCCAUCAGCUUUUCUACAAGUUCUUGAUGAUAAAAUCUAUCAAGAUUGCAUUCGAAAAUUUAUAAAUGAUCCUCAAGUUUGGGCUCUAUGUAUUCAAAGAAUAUCUAGUAAAGAAUACGACAGUGGCGAAACUGAUGAUGAAAAAGAAACUGAUAUCUAUUAUCUUUCAAAUGAAAUCAGUUGUACAAAUCCUAAAAUGUCUUCAAUCGUAUUCACUAAAAGAGGAAUAGUUAUUGAAUCAGACAAAUCAAUCCAUUCCCAACUCCGUGUAGUGUAUUUUUCAGACGGCUCACCAUAUGAAACUUUACAUGCUAUAAGCAAAACAAUGGCUCCUUAUUUUAAAAGCUACGUUAAAGAAAAAGCUAAAAUUGAUAGAGAUGGCGAUAAAAUGGCUCCUACAGUGGAGAAAAAAAUUGCAGAACUAGAAAUGGGUCUUCUUCAUUUGCAACAAAAUAUUGAUAUUCCAGAAAUAUCCCUACCAAUCCAUCCCACUGUCAUACAAAUCAUUAAGCAAUGUGCAGAAGAAGGACGAAAACCAAAAGUAGCUGACUUUGGAUGUAAAGUAGAAGAUUCUACGUUCCUUAAUCAACUUCAAAAUGGUGUAAACAGGUGGAUCAAAGAAAUUCAGAAGGUUACCAAAUUAAAUAGAGAUCCAGAAUCAGGAACUGCUUUGCAGGAAAUCUCAUUUUGGUUAAACUUGGAACGAGCUUUACAUCGAAUUCAAGAAAGAAGAGAAAGUGUCGAAAUAUCUUUAACUCUUGACAUUUUGAAACAUGGUAAGAGAUUCCAUGCUACAGUUAGUUUUGAUACAGAUACAGGAUUAAAACAAGCCCUCGCUACGGUCAACGACUACAAUCCGUUAAUGAAAGAUUUUCCUAUCAAUGAUUUAUUAUCAGCAACUGAACUAGAUCGUAUCCGUUCUGCUAUUCAACAAAUAUUCAUACAUCUCAGAAAAAUUCGAAACACAAAGUAUCCAAUUCAACGAGUUCUAAGACUUGUGGAAGCAAUUUCCAGAGACUUAUGUUCACAGUUAUUGAAAGUUCUUGGAACACGCCGAUUAAUGCAUAUACCUUUUAAUGAUUUUGAAAAAGUUAUGUCUCAGUGUUUUGAACUUUUCAAUACUUGGGAUGAUGAAUACGAUAAACUAACACAAUUACUGAGAGAAGUGGUGAAAAGAAAACGAGAUGAACAUAUGAAAAUGGUAUGGCGCGUAUCUCCAGCUCAUAAAAAAUUACAAUCACGCAUGGAGCAUAUGCGUAGAUUUCGCCGACAACACGAGCAAUUACGGACGGUUAUAGUACGAGUUUUGAGACCCGUACGUCAGAACAGUAAUUCCACACUGGAUAAUAAAGAUAAUGAUAUUAAAGUUGAUUUCGCAUUUGAUGCCGCCGAUGCUAAUGCUAUUAGUGAAGUAAAUCUAGCCUACGAAAAUGUCAAAGAAGUUGAUUGCUUGGAUAUAUCGAAAGAAGGUUCAGAAUCAUGGGAAGCAGCUGUAAAUAGAUAUGAAGAACGUAUCGAAAGAGUUGAAGCUAGAAUAACUGCUCAUUUACGUGACCAAUUAGGAACAGCUAAAAAUGCUAACGAAAUGUUCAGGAUCUUUUCGAGAUUCAAUGCUCUUUUCGUGAGACCUCAUAUACGAGGAGCAAUUCGCGAAUAUCAAACACAAUUAAUACAACGAGUAAAGGAUGACAUAGAAACCUUACAUGAGAAAUUUAAGGUUCAGUAUGCUCAAAGUACGUGCUGUAAAAUGAGUUCUGUGAGAGAUCUUCCUCCAAUAGCUGGAUCAAUAAUAUGGGUUAAACAAAUAGAUUUUCAACUUACCAUGUAUCUCAAACGUGUUGAAGAUGUACUAGGUAAAGGUUGGGAAAAUCAUAUAGAAGGACAGAAACUAAAAGCUGAUGGAGACAGUUUUCGUACAAAACUUUCAACUCAAGAAAUUUUUGAUGAAUGGGCUCGUAAAGUUCAGCAACGUAAUAUUGGUGUAACUGGACGUAUUUUUACUAUUGAAAACAUGCGAUCUAGAACAGGACGUGGUGGUAUUUUAAAGUUAAAAGUCAACUUCUUACCUGAAAUAAUAACACUUUCAAAAGAAGUGAGAAAUUUGAAAAAUCUUGGAUUUCGAGUUCCGAUCGCUAUUGUUAACAAAGCUCAUCAAGCAAAUUUACUGUAUCCGUUUGCCAUCAGUUUGAUUGAAAGUAUCCGUACUUACGAAAGAACACUCGAAAAGAUUGAAGAUAAAUCGAAUAUAGUGCCUUUAAUAGCUGGAUUACGGAGAGACGUUCUGGGCCUUAUUUCUGAAGGUAUUACACUUAUAUGGGAAAGCUACAAGCUAGAUUCUUAUGUUCAACGUCUAUCAGAAGUUGUAUUGUCUUUUCAAGAAAAAGUUGAAGAUCUACUAGUAGUUGAAGAACAAUUAGAAGCCGAUAUUCGAUCAUUAGAAACAUGUCCAUAUUCGGCAAAUACUUUUGCGGAAAUAUUAACUAAGAUACAAAAAUCUGUAGAUGAAUUAUCUUUAAAAAAUUUUUCAAACCUUCAUAUUUGGGUAUCACGACUUGAUGAAGAGGUAGAGAGAAACUUAGCUUUCCGGCUCGAAGCAGGAGUGAAAGCUUGGACAGAUGCUCUUCUGGGAAAGAAAAGAGAUAUUGAUUUGAGUAUGGAUACUGAUGCCCCUAUCCAACCAACUCAUAAAUUGGGUGGCGAUCCGAAGAUCCUUAAUCAGUUACAUGAAGUUAGAAUAACCAAUCAAACUAUGUAUCUGUACCCUAGUAUCGAAGAUGCUCGUUUUCAAAUUAUGCAGCAACUUUUUGCUUGGCAGGCAAUCGUCACUUCUCAGAUAAGAUUACAAAGUUCAAGAUAUCAAGUUGGUUUGGAUAAACAAGGAUCUAGUACUUACAGAAACUUACUAACAAAAUUGCCAUCUGGAAAGGCAUCAUUAGAGUUGGCUUAUGAAUCUAUAGAAUCUAAAAUGAAAGAAAUCGUACACUACGUUGAACAGUGGUUAAGAUAUCAGUCGUUGUGGGAUUUGCAGCCAGAUAAUUUAUACGGAAAGUUAAAUGAUGAUAUCACAGCGUGGAUGAAAUGUUUGAAUGAUAUAAAAAAAACGAGAACAACUUUUGAUACUUCAGAUACUAGAAAAGAAUUUGGCCCAGUAAUUAUUGACUUCGCUAAAGUUCAAAGUAAAGUAUCUCUUAAAUACGACUCAUGGCAUAAAGAAACAUUAGGAAAAUUCGGUACACUUCUUGGUAAUGAAAUGACCAGUUUUCAUGCCCAAGUUUCAAGAUCAAGAAGUGAUUUAGAGCAACAUUCUAUUGAUACCGCAACUACAUCAGAUGCUGUUAGUUUUAUAACUUAUGUUCAAUCUUUGAAACGGAAAAUGAAAAUAUGGGAAAAACAAGUAGAAAUUUACAAAGAAGGUCAAAGAAUUUUAGAACGUCAAAGAUUCCAGUUCCCUGUACAGUGGUUGCAUGUUGAUAACAUUGAAGGUGAAUGGGGAGCUUUUAAUGAAAUAAUUAAAAGAAAAGAUACAUCUAUCCAAACACAGGUUGCAUCAUUGCAAUUCAAAAUAGUGACUGAAGAUAAAGCUAUUGAAACUAGAACUACCGAUUUUUUUAAUGAUUGGGAACAAAGUAAACCUGUAGAAGGUCAUUUGCGACCAGAUGAUGCACUACAGCAAUUGCAAAUUUUUGAAAAUAAGUUCGCACGACUUAAGGAAGAACGAGAUAAUGUUGCUAAAGCUAAAGAAGCAUUGGAACUUCUAGAGCCUGGUACAGCUUCUUUGAAUGAAGAUCGCAUGCAAGUAGUUUUCGAAGAACUUCAAGAUUUGAAAGGUGUCUGGUCUGAACUUUCUAAAAUUUGGGCUGAAAUUGAUGAAACACGAGAGAAACCAUGGUUAUCUAUCCAACCUCGAAAACUUCGUCUGCAAUUAGACACAAUGCUUUCUCAAUUGAAAGAAUUACCAGCAAGACUUAGGCAAUAUUCUUCUUAUGAGUAUGUUAAAAAAACAUUGCAAAAUUAUACAAAAGUAAAUAUGUUAAUUGUUGAAUUAAAAUCAGAUGCACUGAAAGAAAGACACUGGAAAUUACUAAUGAAACAAUUAAAAGUUAACUGGUUACUGAGUGAGCUUACUUUAGGUCAGCUGUGGGAUGUCAAUUUACAAAAGAAUGAAGGCACUGUAAAAGAUAUUAUUUUAGUAGCUCAAGGUGAAAUGGCAUUGGAAGAAUUUUUAAAACAAGUUAGAGAAUCAUGGCAAAACUAUGAAUUAGAAUUAAUAAAUUAUCAGAACAAAUGUCGUCUCAUAAGAGGAUGGGAUGACUUAUUUAAUAAAGUUAAAGAACAUAUCAAUUCUGUAGCUGCAAUGAAAUUAUCUCCUUAUUACAAAGUGUUUGAAGAAGAAGCUCUAACUUGGGAAGAAAAGCUCAAUAGAAUAAAUUCACUUUUUGACAUUUGGAUUGAUGUCCAACGAAGAUGGGUUUAUUUAGAAGGUAUUUUCUCAGGCAGUGCUGAUAUUAAAACUCUUUUACCAGUAGAAACUUCUAGAUUCCAAAGUAUUAGCACUGAAUUUCUAGGGUUAAUGAAAAAAGUUUCUAAAUCUCCAAUGGUGAUGGAUAUUUUAAAUAUACCCGGUGUCCAACGAUCUCUUGAACGUCUUGCUGAUCUGUUGGGGAAAAUACAAAAAGCAUUAGGAGAGUAUUUAGAAAGGGAAAGAACAUCUUUUCCUAGAUUUUACUUUGUUGGUGAUGAAGAUCUAUUAGAAAUAAUUGGAAAUAGUAAAAAUAUUGCUCGACUUCAGAAACAUUUCAAAAAAAUGUUUGCAGGCGUUGCCUCCAUUUUACUGAAUGAAGAUAAUACUACCAUUACUGGAGUUGCUUCAAGAGAAGGAGAGGAAGUUAUUUUUAAAAAUCCGGUAUCAACAACAGAUCAUCCAAAAAUUAAUGAAUGGUUGACUUUUGUAGAGAGAGAAAUGCGUCUUACAUUAGCAUCUAACCUUGCACAUGCAGUGCAAGACAUAAAAACAUUAAAAAAUGAUAAUAUCAAUUCCCAGGCACUCAUGUGUUGGUGCGAUCGAUAUCAAGCGCAAAUCAUUAUUCUUGCUGUUCAAAUACUUUGGUCAGAAGAUAUUGAAUCUGCUUUACAGGAAUCUCAAGAUAAUUCUAUAAGAGAUCCUCUAGAUCGAGUGCUCCUUCAAGUAGAAAGUACUUUAAAUAUUUUAGCGGACUCUGUACUUCAAGAACAACCACCAUUAAGAAGGAAAAAACUUGAACAUAUGAUAAAUGAAUUCGUCCAUAAGCGUACAGUUACUAGAAGACUAAUUUAUAACAAUAUAACUAAUCCUAAAGCUUUUGAAUGGCUUUCAGAAAUGCGAUUUUAUUUUGAUCCCAAAAAAGAAGACGUAUUGCAACAACUUACAAUACAUAUGGCUAAUUCGAAAUUUUUUUACGGAUUUGAAUAUUUGGGAGUGCAAGAUCGACUUGUUCAAACGCCUUUGACAGAUAGAUGUUAUUUAACCAUGACUCAAGCCUUAGAAUCUCGUUUGGGCGGAUCGCCAUUUGGACCGGCCGGAACAGGAAAAACUGAAUCAGUUAAAGCUCUAGGACAUCAAUUGGGUAGAUUCGUACUAGUCUUCAAUUGCGAUGAAACUUUUGAUUUUCAGGCAAUGGGGCGAAUAUUUGUUGGAUUAUGUCAAGUUGGAGCUUGGGGUUGUUUCGAUGAAUUUAAUAGAUUAGAAGAACGCAUGCUUUCAGCAGUUUCACAGCAAAUUCAAACUAUUCAGGAAGCUUUGAAAAGUCAUAUAGAAGGCCGUAGAGAUGAUGCGCUAUGUGUAGAACUAGUUGGAAAGCAAGUCAAGGUAUCAAGUGAUAUAGCCAUUUUUAUUACUAUGAAUCCAGGUUAUGCUGGCAGAUCUAAUCUUCCAGACAAUCUAAAAAAAUUAUUUAGAUCAUUAGCCAUGACUACUCCAGAUCGUCAGUUAAUUGCUGAAGUUAUGCUUUUCAGUCAAGGUUUUCGAUCUGCUGAAAAACUUGCGUGUAAAAUAGUUCCUUUUUUCCGAUUAUGUGAUGAACAAUUAUCUAAUCAGUCGCACUAUGAUUUUGGUUUGAGGGCAUUGAAAUCUGUGUUAAUUUCUGCUGGCAAUGUAAAACGUGAUCGAAUUCAGAAAAUAAAGGAGGGUAUGCAUCAUAGAGGAGAUUCAAAUAUUGAUGAAGCUUCAAUCGCUGAGAAUUUGCCCGAGCAAGAAAUAUUGAUCCAAUCCGUAUGUGAAACUAUGGUACCAAAAUUGGUCGCAGAAGAUAUCCCACUUCUAUUUAGUUUGUUGAAUGAUGUUUUUCCAAGUGUCAACUACGUUCGUGCUGAAAUGGAAGCUCUGAAAAAUGAAAUAAAACGAGUAUGUGCUGAAGAAUAUUUAGUUUGUGGAGAAGGAGAUGAUCAAGGCGGAGCUUGGCAAGAAAAGGUACUUCAAUUAUAUCAAAUAAGUAAUUUGAAUCAUGGUCUGAUGAUGGUGGGACCUAGCGGUUCUGGAAAAACCAGUGCUUGGAAAGUUUUAUUAAAAGCUUUGGAAAGGCAUGAAGGACUAGAAGGCGUUGCUCAUGUAAUUGAUCCAAAAGCAAUCAGUAAAGAAACUUUGUAUGGAGUUCUUGAUCCAAAUACCCGUGAAUGGACAGAUGGUCUUUUUACGCACAUAUUACGGAAAAUAAUAGAUAAUGUUCGUGGUGAAAUAAAUAAAAGGCAAUGGAUUAUUUUUGAUGGUGACGUAGAUCCAGAAUGGGUAGAAAACUUGAAUUCUGUUUUAGAUGAUAAUAAAUUAUUGACUCUUCCAAAUGGAGAAAGACUUAGUCUUCCCCCAAAUGUCAGAAUUAUGUUUGAAGUACAAGAUUUGAAGUACGCUACCCUUGCAACAGUUUCUCGUUGUGGUAUGGUGUGGUUUUCAGAGGAUGUUUUAUCAACUGAAAUGAUUUUUGAAAAUUAUAUGCUUCGACUGAAGUAUAUUCCACUCGAUGAUGGCGAAGAAGAUCUUUCAGUUAAAAAGAACAGUGAUAAAGAUGAUUCUUUUUCACCAACACUCCAUUUACAACGUGAUGCUGCUAAUUUUCUACAAAGUUUUUUUUCACCCAACGGUUUGAUUGUGAAAUGUUUGGAGUAUGCAUCGAAACAGGAACAUAUCAUGGACUUUACUAGACUGAGAGCUUUAAAUUCUCUUUUCUCAAUGCUAAACCAAGCUCUCAGAAAUACGCUCCAAUACAACCAUUGUCAUUCAGACUUUCCAUUAUCUAAUGAACAGUUAGAGCGUUAUAUUACAAAAUCUCUUGUUUAUGCUAUUCUUUGGAGCUUUACUGGAGAUGCAAAAUUAAAAAUAAGAGCAGAUUUUGGUGAUUUUAUAAGAUCAAUAACAAUGAUUCCAUUGCCAUCUCAAACAAACAUUCCUAUUGUCGACUUCAAAGUUGAUAUUCAAGGCGAAUGGCAACCAUGGAGUAACAAAGUACCUCAAAUAGAAAUAGAGACACAUAAAGUAGCUAGUCCCGAUGUAGUUGUACCGACUUUAGAUACUGUAAGACACGAAAGCCUUCUUUACACAUGGCUUGCUGAGCAUAAACCAUUAGUUUUAUGUGGACCUCCCGGCUCAGGUAAAACAAUGACACUAUUUUCGGCUUUGAGAGCACUACCUGAUAUGGAAGUUGUUGGCUUAAAUUUUUCAUCUGCAACAACGCCUGAACUAUUAUUAAAAACAUUCGACCAUUACUGUGAAUAUCGUAGGACACCUAAUGGAGUUGUAUUAUCACCAGCUCAACUUGGAAAAUGGUUAGUUUUAUUUUGUGACGAGAUCAAUUUACCUGAAAUGGAUAAGUAUGGUACACAAAGAGUAAUAUCAUUUUUGAGACAACUUGUAGAGCAUAAAGGAUUUUUUAGAACAAGCGAUCAAGCUUGGGUAUCAAUAGAAAGGAUACAAUUUGUUGGAGCUUGCAAUCCACCAACCGAUCCCGGAAGAAAGCCCUUAAGUUACAGAUUCUUACGUCACGUUCCUGUUAUUUAUGUUGAUUAUCCCGGUGAAGUUUCUUUAAAACAAAUUUAUGGUACAUUCACAAGAGCCAUGCUUAGAUUGAUUCCAUCCCUGAAAGGCUAUGCUGAGCCAUUGACAAAUUCAAUGGUAGAAUUUUAUUUAACAUCUCAAGAACGUUUUACGCAAGAUAUGCAACCCCAUUACGUUUAUUCCCCUCGUGAAAUGACACGAUGGGUUCGGGGUAUCUGCGAAGCAAUAAGACCAUUGGACAAUUUAUCUAUUGAGGGUCUAAUUCGUCUUUGGGCCCAUGAAGCUCUACGACUUUUUCAAGAUAGAUUAGUUGAAGAUACGGAAAGAGUUUGGACAAAUAAAACUAUCGACAUUGUCGCUUUAAAACAUUUCCCUGGAAUUAAUAAAGAAAUCGCUUUGAAUCGACCAAUUUUAUAUAGUAAUUGGCUUUCUAAAGAUUACAUUCCAGUAAGUAGACGAGAAUUAAGAGGCUACGUAAAAGCAAGACUCAAGGUUUUUUAUGAAGAAGAAUUGGACGUUCCAUUAGUACUUUUUGAUGAAGUUUUGGAACACGUCUUACGAAUAGAUAGGAUUUUUAGACAACCCCAAGGUCAUUUACUUCUCAUCGGUGUAUCAGGAGCUGGAAAAACUACCUUGUCCCGUUUCGUUGCUUGGAUGAAUGGUCUCUCAGUUUUUCAAAUAAAGGUUCACAAUAAGUAUACCGCUGAAGAUUUUGAUGAAGAUUUGCGACAAGUUCUUCGUAGGGCUGGAUGUAAAGAUGAAAAAAUUGCUUUUAUCCUUGAUGAAUCAAAUGUCCUUGACUCUAGUUUUCUAGAAAGAAUGAAUACACUUUUAGCUAAUGGUGAAGUUCCUGGAUUGUUUGAAGCUGAUGAUUAUAGUACUCUCAUGACACAGUGUAAAGAAGGUGCACAACGAGAAGGGUUAAUGCUUGAUUCCAACGAAGAAUUAUACAAGUGGUUUACAGGACAAGUGAUGAAAAAUUUACACGUAGUCUUUACUAUGAAUCCAAGUACAGACGAAUUGAAAAACAGAGCAGCUACAUCACCGGCAUUAUUUAACCGUUGUGUUCUAAAUUGGUUUGGAGAUUGGUCUGACAAUGCUCUAUUCCAAGUUGGAAAAGAAUUUACAAACACUAUUGAUUUAGAUAAACCAACUUGGAAAUGUCCUGAUUAUUUUCCUUCCUCUUGUUCAAUGAUAAACAAUCAAUCUACACAUAGAGAUGCAGUCAUUAACGCUUGUGUUUAUGUUCAUCAAACUCUUCAUAAAGCAAAUUCUAGAAUGACAAAAAGAGGUUCACGUACUAUGGCUAUCACACCACGGCACUACUUAGAUUUUAUCAAUCAUUUUGUAAAACUAUAUCAAGAAAAAAGAAGUGAUUUAGAAGAACAACAACUACAUCUAAAUGUAGGACUCAGUAAAAUCGCAGAAACAGUAGAACAAGUAGAAGAAAUGCAGAAAAGUUUAGCUGUAAAAUCACAGGAAUUACAAGCAAAAAAUGAAGCAGCUAAUGCAAAGUUGAGACAGAUGGUAAAAGAUCAACAAGAGGCUGAAAAGAAAAAAGUUCAAAGCCAAGAGAUUCAACAUCAACUAGCGAUACAAACAGUAACUAUAAAUCAAAAGCGUGAUAAUGUUAUGGCUGAUUUAGCGCAAGUUGAACCAGCAGUUAUUGAUGCACAAAAUGCUGUUAAAUCUAUAAAGAAGCAACAUCUUGUUGAAGUGCGAUCAAUGGCUAAUCCUCCAGCUAUAGUUAAAGUGGCCCUUGAAUCAAUUUGUCUCCUACUUGGAGAAAAUGCAAGUGAUUGGAAAUCUAUUCGUGCAGUUAUUAUGAGAGACAACUUCAUAAAUACUAUUGUAUCGAAUUUCAGCACUGAAAACAUUUCCGAUGAAGUUCGAGAAAAAAUGAGAAGUCGUUACCUGUGCAAUCCAGAAUAUAAUUUCGAAAAGGUAAACAGAGCUAGUAUGGCCUGCGGUCCAAUGGUCAAAUGGGCUAUUGCUCAGAUAGAAUAUGCAGAUAUGUUGAAAAGAGUUGAACCUUUACGCGAUGAAUUGCAUUCAUUAGAACAACAAGCUAAUACGAAUAAACAUAAAGGUGAAGAAGUAAAAGAUUUAAUCUCUCAAUUGGAAUUGAGUAUCGCUUCUUAUAAGGAAGAAUAUGCUCAACUUAUUUCUCAAGCACAAGCUAUAAAAACUGAUCUUGAAAAUGUGCAAGGGAAAGUAGAUCGUUCAAUAGCUUUACUCAAAUCAUUAGUCAUCGAAAGAGAAAGAUGGGAAGCUACUAGUGAAACAUUUAGAAGCCAAAUGUCUACUAUCGUUGGCGAUGUAUUAUUAUCAUCAGCUUUUCUGGCAUAUGCAGGGUACUUCGAUCAACAUUAUCGACAAAAUUUGUUUUCAACGUGGUGUCAACAUUUGCACAGUGCAAAUCUUCAAUUCCGCCCUGAUAUUGCUAGAACAGAAUAUUUAUCAAAUCCUGACGAACGUUUAAGAUGGCAAGCCAAUGCAUUACCAGCUGAUGAGUUAUGUACAGAAAAUGCUAUCAUGUUGAAACGCUUUAACAGAUAUCCUCUUAUUAUAGAUCCAUCUGGACAAGCUACGGAAUUUUUAUUGAAUGAAUAUAAAGCACGCAAGAUCACAAAAACAAGCUUUUUAGAUGAUUCUUUUAGAAAAAAUUUAGAAAGUGCUUUGAGGUUUGGUAAUCCUCUAUUAGUUCAAGAUGUUGAAAACUAUGAUCCUAUAUUAAACCCUGUGCUUAAUCGUGAACUGAGAAGGACUGGAGGGAGAGUGUUAAUUACACUUGGAGAUCAAGACAUUGAUUUAUCACCAUCAUUUGUUAUCUUUCUAUCGACGAGAGACCCGACGGUUGAAUUUCUUCCAGACAUUUGUUCACGUGUAACGUUUGUUAACUUUACCGUCACGAGGAGUUCACUACAAAGUCAAUGUUUGAAUCAAGUGCUUAAAACAGAAAGACCCGAUAUUGAUGAAAAACGUUCUGAUUUACUAAAAUUGCAGGGCGAAUUCCAUCUUCGAUUAAGGCAACUUGAGAAGUCAUUACUGCAAGCGUUGAAUGAUGCUAAAGGCAAGAUUUUGGAUGAUGAUUCGGUUAUUACAACACUGGAAACGCUAAAACAAGAAGCUGCUGAUAUAAGUAAAAAAGUUGAAGAGACUGACAAAGUAAUUGCAGAGAUAGAGACAGUAUCACAACAGUAUUUACCUUUAUCUCAGGCGUGCUCUAAUAUAUAUUUUACAAUGGACAGUUUAAACCAAAUACAUUUCCUGUAUCAAUAUUCUCUGAAAAUGUUUUUAGAUAUUUUUACUUCCGUUUUAAACAAAAAUUCUAAAUUAACUGGAAUUACAGAUUAUGUUCAACGUUUGUCGCACAUCACAAAUGAGCUUUUCUCUGUGUCCUACGAAAGAGUAGCACGCGGCAUGCUACAUAAUGAUAGGCUUACAUUUGCUCUUCUACUUUGCCGUAUUCAUCUAAAAGGUGCAGGAUCGGGAACAACUUAUGAUGAUGAAUUUACAUUCUUUUUGAGAGGAAAAGAAGGAGUUCUUAAUAUUCGGUACCCUCCUGUGCACAAUUUAAGUUCAGAUCAACAAGAAGCAGCGGUACGAUUAAGUUCUAAGUUACAAUCAUUUAGAAAACUAAAUGAUAUUAUACAGAAUAAUACAGAAUUCAGUAACUGGCUACAAUCACAAACUCCAGAGACAUGUGUGCCAAAACUUUGGGAAGAAGAAAAACCUACUUGUACUAUCAAAAUAGCCAUGAACCAAUUGCUUGCUGUACAAGCGUUUAGACCAGAUCGGGUGAUUGCAGCAGCAUCUCUUGUAGUUACUUCAGUAUUAGGAGGAUCAUUCAUGAAUUCUGCUGAAAUCGAAUUAGAUUUUUCUUAUGUAGUGGAGAACGAAUUAAAAUCAUCUGUACCGGCUUUACUAUGUUCAGUUCCGGGUUUUGAUGCUUCUAGCCGAAUAGACGAUUUAGCAGCUGAUUUAGGAAAAUCAAUUGUUAGCAUAGCUAUUGGAUCAACUGAAGGAUUUACUCAAGCAGACAGAGCUAUAAAUAUAGCCGUGAAAGCUGGCAGAUGGGUUCUUUUGAAAAAUGUUCAUCUAGCACCUCAAUGGCUUGUACAAUUAGAGAAAAAACUACAUAGCAUUCAACCUCAUAAUAAUUUCAGAUUAUUUUUGACUAUGGAAAUCAAUUCUAAAGUACCAGUUAAUCUAUUGAGAGCUGGGCGGAUUUUUGUAUUUGAACCUCCUCCAGGAAUUAGAGCUAAUUUACUGAGGACAUUUAGUACUGUACCAGCAUCACGUAUGAUGAAAGAACCAAAUGAAAGAGCAAGAUUAUACUUUUUGUUAGCAUGGUUUCACGCUAUCGUACAAGAACGUUUACGUUAUGUACCGUUAGGUUGGGCUAAACAUUACGAAUUUAAUGAAAGUGAUUUACGAGUAGCUUGUGAUACUCUUGAUACUUGGAUAGAGUCAACAGCAAUGGGAAGAACUAAUUUACCGCCAGAAAAGGUACCAUGGGAUGCAUUAAUAACUUUACUUUCUGAGUGUAUAUAUGGUGGAAAAAUUGAUAACGAAUUUGAUCAAAGAUUGCUAACAUCGUUUCUUCGUAAACUUUUUACCCCAAGAUCAUUUGAAUCUGAUUUUGCUCUUGUUGCAAAUAUUGAUGGAACCCAAGGAACUCAACGGCAUAUAACAAUGCCAGACGGCACCAGGAGAGAUCACUUUUUGAAAUGGAUAGAAUCUCUUUCUGAUAAACAAACACCAUCCUGGCUAGGUUUACCUAAUAAUGCAGAAAAAGUUCUUUUAACUACAAGAGGAACAGAUUUGAUAUCGAAAUUAUUAAAAAUGCAACAAUUAGAGGAUGAAGAUGAAUUGGCUUAUUGUAAUGAUGAAUCUUUAGAUUCGCAUCGAGAAGCAGAUUCAGAUGGCCGUCCUACAUGGAUGAAAACUCUUCACAACUCUGCUACAACGUGGUUACAACUUCUUCCGAAAAGUUUAGUUAUUUUGAAAAGAACCAUUGAAAAUAUAAAAGAUCCAUUGUACAGAUAUUUUGAACGAGAAGUCAAUAGUGGAUCAAAACUAUUGAAAAAUGUUAUUCAUGAUCUACAAGAUGUAGUUUUAAUAUGCAAGGGCGAAAAGAAACAAACAAACUACCAUAGAACGAUGUUAUCUGAAUUAAUAAAAGGUAUUAUACCAGCUGGAUGGAGAAGAUACACCGUACCACGAGGAUGUACAGUCAUUCAAUGGAUAACAGAUUUUAGUCACAGAGUAUCGCAGUUACAAGAAGUUUCCAGAGUAGUUUCUCAAAGUGGAGCUAACGAAAUAAAGAACUUCCCAGUCUGGCUUGGUGGCUUAUUUAAUCCAGAAGCAUAUAUUACAGCAACACGACAAUGUGUGGCACAAGCGAAUAAUUGGUCUUUAGAAGAAUUGCAGUUAGAUGUUUUCGUAUGUAACAGCGAUAAUACGGUGGCAGAUGAUUACUGUUUUGCAGUAACUGGAUUAAAAUUACAAGGAGCACAGUGUAAAAAUAAUAUGCUGUAUUUAACAUCAACAAUAAUGACUGAUUUGCAUGUGACUAUAUUAAAAUGGGUGAAACGUUCUACUACGGAUACAGUAGAAUAUAAGCUAGCUCUACCAGUUUAUUUGAAUAGCACUCGUACAGAAUUGUUAUUUAAUGUUGAUUUACAAAUAGCACCUAGUCAAGAUUCACAUAGUUUUUAUGAAAGAGGGGUCGCUAUUUUAAUAUCUACUGCUUUAAAUUGAUUCACAUUAGAUUAAUUAUUUUAUCGUCUGUAAAUCAUAAAUAGUCUUUUUUCUAAUAUAAAUGUAAUUGUCAAAAUAUAUAACUAAAUUUUGAAGGAUUUACUGUUAUUCGCUUCAAAUUUUUAACAUACUUUACGAUUAUAACUAAAAUUUCAU